ACCACGACUUUUUGGCAUUCGCAAAUACAACUUCUUCCUGGCUUCUUCUGAAAAAUUAUUUUCAUUUGAUUCUUUGCAUUUAGGUAUGGUGUUGUAUUCUUCAGUCCACGCCCUACUUCGGCUUCAAUUUUGUCUUCCUGGAUUGGAGAUCGAUUAUUGACUUCACCCUUCGGAUUCAAAGUUUUGGUCAUCGGCCAGCGACAUUGACCUGGUCUCCGGCUAAUCAAUAUAUUUGAAAUGGAUGUAAAUUCAGAAGAUAUGUUGGAAGAAUCUGCUCAGUCCAGACUCAGCCACAUAAAUGAGAAUUUAUAUGGUGAAAACUCUGUCCUUCCUGUUGUCUCCGCAACUUGUGCUUUAUGCCAAAGAAUCCUUUUAUCUGAUAAUGAGGCUGGUGAUCUUGAAGCUAUCAACAUAUGUGGAGAUUGCAAGUUUUUGUUUCUUGAGGAUCUCGAGACCACCACACCAGACUCACACUCAAGGAGAACACUUGGCCCAAGGAGGAGAGGGUACGACAGCUUUGAGUCAAUCGAGUCUAUGUUCUCCCAACAAUUUGCGCAAAUGAUAACUCUGGCAAGUCAAACCCAGUCUACAGUCUUAGAGCAUGAUAAUCAAUCUGUAGAUGGUGCUGCAAGGUUAGUGCAGCUUACGAGUACUCGUACAACUCCAAGUGGGUCCAGUAGAUGGAGAAGGGUGUUUUCUGAUACUGAAAGUGAUGGAUUUGAUUCUUUCUAUGGGGAGAAUGAAUCAAAUGUCAGCUUCAGGAGAUACAGAUAUUUCCACGGUGAGGCCGAUACCCUUUCUUAUACCACUUAUGGAGGAGACUCUGAUGCCUCCAUUGAUGGUAACAGUCUUUUGGAAAAUGAAACUCUUGCCCAAGCAGAUGGUGGAAGUGACCUAGAGAGUGAUACUGAUAUAGACCCAAUGCAUGCUGGUCUAUACCAGUGGAACUCAGAAGAUUCAGAAGAAGGUGAAGGUGAAGAUAGUGACUGGGAGGAAACUGAUGUUGAAUCCUCGAGAGCUCGAACCCAGAAUUAUGGGUCAAAUGGGAGCAACGCACGCAUAAAUUGGCAUAGACAACGUUCUUCUCCUGAAUUUGACGAUACAUUUCGAAUGAGGGUUUCGGAUAGGACACAAACACGUACUGCUGACUACUUUACUAAUUUUCAAGAGUUAGAGAGACAAAAUUAUGUUGGAAAUGCUGGGGAUUAUCUUGAUUCCAGAGGCUUUGAGAACCUGCUUGAGCACCUUGCUGGUACUGAUAGUUCAAGAAGGGGAGCACCUCCAGCGGCGACAUCCAUUGUAAAUAAUUUGCCACGUGUGAUCAUUAACGAAAACCAUGACAAUCUGGAUGAUUUGGCUUGUGCAAUCUGCAAGGAUUCUUUAAUUGCUGGCACUGUUGUAAACCAACUUCCUUGUUUUCACAUCUAUCACCCUUCCUGCAUAUUGCCAUGGUUGACUGCACACAACUCGUGCCCCCUUUGUCGAUAUGAGCUCCCAACUGACGACAAGGAUUAUGAGGAGAAGAAAAGAGACAGAGAGAGUGGAUUUAGGAUGCUCCAUACUGAGCAGCGUGAUUUGAAUGAAGAUAGUUCUUCAGACACUACGGAUGAUGCUGUAGUUGAUGAAGUUUCUCAAUUUUAUGGUGCUAGAGCAGAUGAGGAACUAGUGGAUAGAAAUUAUGUCGCGGAUAACUCUAUUAGGGAAAGUCCAAGAAACCGACGAUUCUUUCUUGCUGCUGCUGCUCCUAUCGUCAGUAUUUUAGGCAUUACUCUUAUGUUGUGGUUAGGAAAGCCUUUAAUAGAUGGAAGGUGGCCGAGUGACCGCGUUCUCCCUGCCAGGGAGAAUAGCCGAAGUCGAAGGUGGUGGUCUUUCUUCUAACAUGUUCUUUAGUCUCCAGAUUGUGGUUAGAAAUAGUGGACUCUUGGGUUUGCGCAACUAACCUCAAACUUAUAGGUUCAAAGAUUUCCUGGUUUACAAAACCUGCAUUUAGAGGCGUGACACGGAUAAUUGUUCAUUUUGGCAGAUGUCUUCGUUUUCUUUUUCUACAUAAAGAAUGUUGUUAAUGCCUUGUGGUGUUUCCCUUCUUAGGGUGGAGGUGAAAUAUAGUUCAAGUUCUAGCAGGUGUUAUUGUUUAUCCAAAUCAACUUCCUGGAGUUUCAAAGGCAUGUGAGCUAUAUUGUAUGUGCAAUAAAGUUAACUACGUGAAUUUUAACACAACUUGACAGAUGACCAUUUUUCUA